GAAUCAUGUAUAUAGCUACAUGCGGUUGCCAAGCAACGGUACAAAUGUCAACCAACAGACCACCAAGUACAGUAUAACCUAUUCUAUAUCAGAGCAUAUCUAGUGCGGAUUUUCUAAAAAGAUAAUGUGAUGAUUUUCCGAAACUUUGCGCCGAUAUUCGGGCUUCGCUCGCUCCCUUUCCCGAGCCUCGUUCGUGCGAGGCUACUUCACGAGGUGCAUCAUAGCCCGGCUAAACGCAUCUUUUAUGUGACGCUCGACCCGAUCUUUGACAAGCAAGCUGUUCUGUAUUACAAGCUCAAUGGACAAGUUAUGGACUUGAAAGCAAUUAACGUUCCAAGUAAAUUCAAGGGUCGUGGAAUAGCUCGCUUGUUGACAGAGACUGCUUUUACGUAUGCAAUUGUCAACGACUACUACUUGUAUUUGACUUGCAAGUACACGCAAAAGUAUUAUCUUGCUAAUAAGAAUAAGGCAUUGGAGCAGAGGAUCGUUGGGCCAGAGCACGUCUUGAACGCGCCAAUUUCUUUGGAUCUUGAGGUUUUUGAAGAAGAACCAGAUCCAGAGGAUCCUUUGACAAAAAACAAGAAAGAUUAAGUUUGAUGUCAGUCUGAUGUUAAUAAAAUUGUUAUGCUUAUAAAA